AACCUGAGAAGAAGAGGCAGGCGCGCUCCCGAGACCAGACUUUGAGGACACGGGGCGCGUGCCCGCGACCAGAAAGAACGCAAGUGUUGGUGCAUUCAUCCGCCGUCGGCCAGCCAGCGUCCAUCGAGGUUCACCAUGGGAAACAAGAUCAUCCGCAAGCGCGAGUUUCCAGUCAGCGCAGCAGGCUCAGGGCAGGAACCAGUCGAGGAUCAAAAGACAACGGAGUUGGGCGCUUCUAAUGUGACGCCGGCUCAGCAAACUGUGCCAGCAGAGGAGGUGGACGUGGUGAUUGGGCAAGAAGCCACUCAGACGCCAUGUCUGCCCAAUGAAGAGUGUGUGUCCGCUCCUGCACCAAUGUCAGAGGCACGUGUGGAGGUGGAUUGUGAAGCAGGCCCGGGUCAAGAGAAGGAUCAAUCUUCAUCUCCUUCCCUUGACGUAAACACAGAUUUCUCCUCCCCACAACCCACAGUCACCCCUCAAACACCCAUCCUGGAAGACAAGGUUGCAGAUGUUGCGGCAGCUGAGGGAUCUCCAGAUGACACAGAGGCGGCCGUGAGCUCCGCUCUCGAUCCAGAUACUGCGUUGAAGUCAGAGGAUGCUGGGAAUUUGGAGGCAGGGACUGAUGGGAAUUUAGAGCAGGAGGAAAGCCUCAGUAAAGGCCUGAAGGAGUUGUCGCUGACGGGAAACGAUCCGGACCUCAUUGACGACACCCCCUUAGACGUGGGUGUGUCUGCCGAGCCGGUCGGUGGAUCAGAAGAUGCGUAGUCCCUCGACGAGAAUCCUCAAGGAAACACGGACACCGAUGUCCUUGGGUUUGUCACAAUGAAAGGUGAACAGCUUUUUUCUUGCGUUACUUUGUCGACAUUUUUGCAACAAGGAAGUGUGGCAACUGACAUAGCAUAUGGAGGUUUUGAGUGAACUGCAUACUGUACUUCCACAAAUAGUGGCUGGGAGCUUUUAUUUACUUAAUAGGAGUGAGGACAUUGUAUAAACCCAUUUUUGGAAUUAUACAAACCAAUAUUGCGAGUCUGUUAGUCUCCCGAGGUUGCAGACUUAUUGACAAGUAGUUAUCCAUUACAUAUUCAUAUUUUUGAUGUGAUGAAAAGAUUCAUCUUCAGCCAAGCCAAAAGCCUUUUUUUCCUUUUGUUUUUACAAUAUCUGGGCUUGGGAACGGUAGUGGCCGUGUACUGAUGCUGUGGUUUCUUUUAUUUGAUUCAAUCUGCCUUGGUGCUUCCUGAUGUAACCUGGAAUAGUGUUCUCCCACCUAAUCACAGAUUUUUAGUGGGGUAGCGGGGUGGUGGUUGGCUUGGGACCUAUCGGCAGUUGUGAACUGAACAUUUUGUUGAUUCUUGAUAUAAACGGUAACAUUUAUGAACUGAGCUGACUGCGGUGACUACUCGUUUUUUUAAUGCGAGACGGGAGGCGUCUUUUUCAGUCAGUCAUUCAUGUUGGAGGUGUCUUAGAUGAUUGGCCACUAUUUAGGGAAAUACAAUACUGGGACAAAAUCGAUUUUUCAUUUCAGCAAAAUAAACCAACAAACAAUGCCUUUUAUAGUGUCGCGUGUGGAUUACAAGUGUAUUUUCCAUGCAAGCUGUUAGUUAUUCUUGAUUUCCUGUUUCAAUAAACAAAUGAAUGGUC